AUGAAUAAUAAUAAUAAUUUUAAUACAAAUAAUAAUAAUGUCAUUUCAAAUACGCCACAACAAAUUACAUUCACCAACUUUUUAACUAUAAUAAUACCAAUUAAAAUAUUAAUCACUUUAUAUUUAUUUUAUAAAGCUAGAUUACCAAUUAGUUUUGCAAGAUAUUUUGGAAGAGUAUUUCAUUUUUUUACAUCACCACUUGUAAUGUUAUUCCAAUGGGCAGGACUAAGAGGACCAUUAAUAAGUCAAAUUGAUGACAAUGUUUAUUUAGGUGCCAUGCCAAUGUCUUAUAAUAUCGAAAUGUUGGUAUCAAAAUAUCAAAUUAAUUCAGUUGUAAAUCUAUGUGAUGAAUAUAAUGGUCCCAUUCAACAAUAUACUAGAUACGGAAUAACUCAACUUUAUAUACCGGUAGUGGACCAUUAUGAACCAACAGUACAAGAAAUUAAAUCAUCAAUUGAUUUUAUACAAAGACAAGUAGAGUCAGGAAAUCGUGUUUUUAUUCACUGCAAAGCUGGUAGAGGCAGAAGUGGUGCCAUUGCUAUUUGUUGGUUGGCUCACUCCAAAAGGAUAUCAAUAGAACAAGCUCAGAAAAUGUUACUAGAAAAAAGAAGUAAGGUAAGACGUGGUCUAUAUAAACAAAAGAAUGUUUUACAGUUUUAUAAUCAAUAUUGCUUUAAUUAA